UUUAGGCGCCGGGUGGCCACGGCGGGGCGCGCGCGGUAAAUGGAGCGGGUCCUCGCGGAAACGCUGCUGUCGCAGAGCCGGGACCCUCGGGUCCUGCUCGGGGCGCUGUGCCGCGGGGAGGCGUCCGCGGAGCGCGUGGAGACGCUGCGCUUCCUGCUGCAGCGCCUCGAGGACGCGGAGGAGCGCGGUGGCGGCGGGGAUGCGGGCGCGCUCCCGGAGGCGGCGCGCGAGGUCGCCGCCGGGUUCCUGGUGCCGCUGCUACGGGGCCUGCGUGGGCGACCCGCGGGCGGCCCGGACCCCGACCUGCCGCCGCGGGACCGCCGGCGCGUGCUGAGGGCCGCGACCGCCGCCUUGCGCUCGUGCGCCCGCCUCGCCGGGGGCCCGCAGCUGGCGGCCGCCCUGGUGGAGGAGGCGCUGCGCGACCUUGUGGCCGGGGGGCCCGCGGCCGGUGCGGAGGCGGCGGUGGAGGUGCUGGCGGCGGUCGGGCCCUGCCUGCGGCCCCGCGAGGACGGGCCCCUCCUGGAGCGGGUGACGCAGGCCGCCCUCGCCUUGGCGCUGGGCGCCGACGGGGAGCGGGACGAGGCCGGGCCGGCGGAGGACACGGCGGAGCUGGCGGCCGGGAGGCUGCUGCCGGCGCUGGGCCAGUGCGGCGGGGCGGCGCUGCGGGCCGUCUGGGCCGGGCUGGUCGCGGCCGGGGCGCCCUCGGGGCCCGGCCGCGUCGGGCCGCGGCUGCUCGUGCUGAGCGCCCUGGCCGAGAGGCUGCUGCCCGAGCCCGGCGCCGACCGCGGCCCGGGAGCGGACGAGGAGGUCCCCGACGCGCGGCGCUGCGGGCGCUUCUGGAGGACGGUGCAGGCGGGGCUGGCGCGGGCCCCCGACGCGCUGACGCGCAAGCGGGCGCGCUACCUGCUGCAGAGGGCAGUGGAGGUGUCGGCGGAGCGCGGCGCGCCCUGCGCCUGCGGCCCCCGCGAAGGAACCGGCCCAAGUCUGUUUUGGUGGUCCGAGAAGAAGAAAGAUGAGCUGCUAAAGUUUUGGGAAAACUAUAUUUUAAUUAUGGAAACUCUAGAAGGAAAUCAGAUCCACGUUAUAAAGCCGGUUUUACCAAAGCUAAACAGUCUGUUUGAAUAUGCAGUGUCAGAGGAAAACGGUUGCUGGCUCUUUAACCCCUCCUGGCACAUGUGCAUUUAUAAAAGAAUGUUCGAAAGUGAGAAUAAAGUCCUGACCAAAGAAGGUGUCAUCCAUUUUUUGGAGCUGUAUGAAUCAAAGACUCUUCCAUUUGCACCAGAGCUUUCUGAGUUUAUUAUUGGACCAUUAAUGGAUGCACUUUCGGAGAGCUCUCUGUAUAGCAGGUCCCCAGGCCAGCUGAUAGGAAGUGGUUCUCCACUGGGAUUGAAAUUACAGAAGUUUUUAGUCACUUAUGUUUCUCUUCUUCCAGAAGAAAUAAAGAGUAGUUUCCUACUAAAGUUUAUUCAGAAGAUGACAAGCAGACAUUGGUGUGCCAUUCCCAUUUUGUUUCUGUCUAAGGCUUUGGCAAAUGUCCCAAGAUGUAAAGCCCUGGGUAUAGAAGGGCUUCUUGCUCUCAGGGACGUUCUGCAGCGCACGAUGAUCACCCACCAGAUCUUGCUGAGAGGGGCCGCACAGUGCUAUCUUCUUCAGACGGCCAUGAAUUUAGUAGAUGUGGAGAAGGUGACCCUUUCAGAUGUUUCAACUUUUCUCAUGUCUCUGAGACAAGAGGAGUCCUUAGGACGAGGAACCUCAUUGUGGACAGAGCUCUGUGAUUGGCUGCGUGUUAAUGAAAGCUGUUUUGGGCAAGCCUCAGCCUGUAGUCCCACUGGACUUCCCGAGAUACCGUCUUUAAAUGCUUACGUGAAGAACCUAGUUCAAGAAUAUAUUACAUUACCUGCUGGGGAAACAGGAGAAGACUGCUUUAUGCCUGACUGGUUUGAAGCCAAGCUCGUUGCUAUGAUGGUCUUGCUGGCUGUAGAUGUGGAAGGAAUGAAGACGCAGUACAGUGAAAAGAGGAGAACCCAGAAUGUAUUAAGGAUAUUCUUAGACCCUCUCCUGGACUCCCUUCUGAAGUUGGGCACCAAUGCCUACAUGCCCGUGCUGAGAGCCGACAGAUGCCUCCAGUUGCUGUUGAAGCUACUGCACACUUGCAUGUUGACAGGUUCCGGUGCCCGAGAUGAUGAGGUGUUCACACUCCUCCAGAGCUUUGCCAUGUCUGCUACCGAGAGCGUUUCUGAUUUUAUCCUCCGACGGCUUACCAUGAAUGAACUCAGUAGUGUUUCAGAUCUGGAUCGUUGCCGUUUAUACCUGAUGGUAUUAACUGAGCUUAUAAAUAUCCAUUUGAAGGUUGGGUGGAAAAGAGGCAACCCCAUUUGGAGAGUUAUUUCUCCUCUGAAAAAUGCAUCCAUCCGGCAUCUUCAAGAGAUAGACAGUGGACAGGAGCCGACCCUUGCCAGGCAGAUCCAGAGGGUCGUUAGCAUGGCUGCCUUGGCCACGGUGUGUGAGGCCGUUGACCAGAAGCCGGAACUGCAGCUCGACUCCCUGGAGCCAGGACCCACGGAAAGGUUCCUCGCCUCCCUCCCGCUCAAUCACACACUGCAGAAGCCGCACCCAGAGGAGCACAGCAGUUUUUCUGAAGACUCGGCAGCUUCCCAAGGAUGGGGGAAAGUAGUCGCACAAUAUAUUCAUGAUCAGUGGGUCUGCCUCUCUUUCUUGUUGAGAAAAUACCACACCCUUAUACCGUCGUCGGAGGGUGACGUUCCGGAUCCCGUCCUGCCUGCUGUUCAGAUGCCGGCGAGGACCCUGCAGUCCGCGCUGGGAGCCCUCACAGUCCUGCCUUCAGACCAAGUCUUGCCUGUGUUCCACUGCAUGAAAGUUCUGGUUCCCAAGCUUUUGACCUCCUCUGAAUCACUCUGUGUAGAGUCUAUUGACAUGGCUUGGAAGAUUAUAUCUGCUUUAAGCAACACUCAGCUGAUAUUCUGGUCUAAUUUAAAAGCUUUUGUUCAGUUUGUUUUUGAUACCAAAGUUCUGACCAUCGCUGCAAAGAUCAAGGGCCAGGCGUAUUUCAAGACAAAAGAGAUUAUGUACAAGAUGAUUGAAAUGUCUGCUAUAAAAACCGGAGUCUUCAAUACACUGAUAAGUUAUUGCUGCAAAUCUUGGAUAGUUUCUGCUUCAGAUGUGUCCCAAGUGUCUUUGUCAAGUGCUAAAAAUUAUAGCGAACUUAUCCUCGAGGCUUGUAUAUUUGGAACUGUGUUUAGGCGUGAUCAAAGACUUAUUCAGGAUGUGCAGACCUACAUAGAAAAUCUUGGACACGAUUGUGCAGCAAACACGGUUAUUGAAAAUACUAAAAGAGAAGACCACUAUGUGAGAAUUUGUGCUGUCAAAUUCCUGUGUUUAUUACAUGGCUCAAAUAUGUCUCAUAAGUUGUUUAUGGAAGAUCUUGCAAUCAAGCUAUUAGAUAAAGAUGAGUCGGUGUCCAAGUCCAGGACGCGGUACUACGUGAACUCCCAGCAGCACCGGCUGAAGAACCGGGUGUGGCAGACGCUGCUGGUGCUUUUCCCCAGCUUUGAUCAGAAUUUCUUGAAUAGAAUUAUUGACAAGAUUUUCCAGGCUGGUUUCAUCAAUAAUCAAGCAUCCAUAAAAUAUUUCAUAGAAUGGAUUAUUAUAUUGAUUCUUCAUAAAUUUCCUCAAUUUCUGCUGAAGUUCUGGGAUUGCUUUUCUUAUGGUGAAGAAAACCUUAAAACAAGCAUUUGUACAUUUUUAUCCGUUUUGUCACAUUUGGACAUCAUCACUCAAAACAUUCCAGAAAAGAAACCAGUCCUGAAGAAAGCCCUUGUCAUCGUGCUGCAGUGGAGUUUCAGUCACAACUUCAGCAUCCGACUAUACGCCUUGGCUGCCCUGAAGAAGGUCUGGAGCAUGUGUAAGGCGCUGUGCGUGGAAGAACUUGAGUCAUUGACGUCUGUCAUUGAAUCCAGUCUCAACCAAGUGGAAAACAUGCCCGGAACAGGGAACGCCAAGAAGAAUUGGCAGCGCAUCCAAGAGCAUUUCUUUUUUGCCAAUUUCCACCCAGUUCAGGAUUACUGUCUGGAGACCAUAUUUUACAUCCUUCCACGCCUUUCAGGCAUGGUUGAAGACGAAUGGAUUGCCAUUGGUAAAUUUACCAGAUUCACGGACAUCCCCUCAGAUGCAGGAUUUCAGUGGUACCUUUCGCCGGCUCACCUCUGUGAACUGAAACCGGGUGACUGGGCUCAGCAGGACGUAGGUUCUCACUCGGGCGAAGCAGAUAGCCAUUCUGAGUGGACAGAUGUUCAGAAGAAGAUUAUCCCCUGGAAAAAUAAUGCUCCAGAUUUAGAUCUGGAGCUAGUAUUUCAGGAUCGAGUUGCCAAGCUUGGAAAGUCAAUUAGCAGACUGAUUGUAGUGGCCUCGCUCCUUGAUAAACCAACUAAUUUAGGAGGACUGUGCAGGACCUGCGAGGUGUUUGGGGCCUCGGCCCUUGUGCUGGGCAGCCUGCAGUGCGUCAGAGACAAGCAGUUCCAAGGCCUCAGCGUCUCCGCAGAGCAGUGGCUGCCUCUAGUGGAGGUAAAACCACCUCAGCUCAUCGAUUUUCUGCAACAGAAAAAAACAGAAGGUUACACCGUCAUUGGUGUGGAACAAACUGCUAAGAGUGUAGACCUGACUCAGUACAGCUUUCCGGAGAGAUCUCUGCUCUUGUUGGGAAAUGAACGUGAGGGAAUUCCGGCAAAUCUAAUCCAACAGUUGGAUGUUUGUGUGGAAAUUCCUCAGCAGGGCAUUAUCCGCUCGCUGAAUGUCCACGUGAGUGGGGCUCUGCUCAUCUGGGAGUACACCAGACAGCAGCUGCUCAGGCAUGGGGGUGCCGAGUCAUGAACUUUGUGCCUUAUCUGAGAUCAGUUAUUGGUGCUCUUGAAACCUUGUUUUAAAGACUGUACUAAUGAAAUCAACUCAAAAGUUUACCAGGAUAAUUUGUAUUUCUUUUUCUUGCCAAAUUAAUGCCAAAACUUUUUCAUGUGCCUUAAAUAUAGGACUAUGUUUACCCCUUAAAUAAAUAUUUUUAGCUAAAUUGCAUUGCUUCUUUAAUUAAAUAUUUUAAGCAGUUGUGGAAAUAAAACAGUGUAUUUUAAGAAGAGAAUUUCUUUCAGAAAUGAUGACCGUGACGGGAGUAAGGCAGAAUUUCAGCAGCUGUCACCUGCGAACACCACACACUUCCCUCUCCAGGAGCGGUGGUGGGUGGAAGCAGAGGUCCUGCCCGCGGGGAGAGGAGCCCUCAGCCUCUGUUUGCUGCUUCCUAUCGACUUAUUCCCAGGGAGGAGACCUGCCUGGCCAGCUGUUGAGAAAGCUUCCCUUUCCAUGAUGCUCAGAUAAUAGGUUUGAAUUUCCUUUUAAAGCCAGGGAAUAGGCCUUUAUCAUUCAUAUGAAGUUUUUGGAAAACUUCCCUACACUCCCUUUGCUCAGAGAGUUCAGAUAAGGUUAGUAAUGGUCUGUAUUCUGACAGACGCCAACAUCAACCCAAAGACAGUGAAUUAUUCUUAGGCAUCAUCACCAAGAGGAAGAAUGGAGCCCAGUCAGUCCGAUUUACUAUUUCUGUUGUCCUGAGGAUGUUUUUGUUUGAUAUUGAGAAGACUUCAGUAUUGAAUGGGGACCAUUUAUCCCCGUCUAGCAAUGAACUUCAAUCAUGUGUGGGUCCUUUUUAAUAAUACUUGAAUUUCAGAAUCUGUUGCCGGUAUGUUUUUUUUCUUCUUCUGUAGCUUUGAUAAUUUUUGUUUUGCAGAAGAGUUGCAAAGAUAGUGCAUAGUCUGCCUAUGCCCUUCCCCCAGGACCCUCCAGUCGGAUCUUACAGAAUCGUGGACCCGUAGCAGAACUAGGAAAUGAACAUUGGUAACGGUGCUGUUCGCUAAGCUGCAGACCACCACUCUGACCUCCACUGGGAUUUCUCAUUCUGUUCCAGGACGCUGCAUCACAUUAGGUGGUCAGGUCUCCUCAGUCUCUUGUGAUCUCUGACAGAGUCUCAGUCUUUCAUUGUCUUUGCUGACUUUGACACUUUCGGGAAGUACUGGGUAGAUAUUUUGUGAAUGUCUUAUCAUCUGGGUUUGUCUGGUGUUUUCUCGUGAUCGGAAUGAGAGCUGGGUUUUUGGAAGGACCCCGCAGUGCUAACGCACGCCCUUUUCGUCACAUCUCAGUGUGAGCUACUCCUGAUUGUCUGUCGAAGGCACAGUUCACCUCGUUCUUCUCAGUGAAGUUCUGCUUUUUGCUCUUCAUGCUCUGUUUGUGAGAAGCUGGGUCACUACGCCUUGCCCACACUCCAGGUAGAAUAUAAGCUUCACCUCUUGGAGGGAGGAUGACCAGACAUGGGGAGCAGCUGUUGAAACUGCAACGGUAAUUAGUAAGUAUUGUGGGAGAGCGACUUGGAGGCUCUGCGGGGAACUUUCUGUUGAGCGUGUUGCCCACUCAGUCUAGUCCUCUGCAGGGUGUUGCCUACGGUAUGCUCAUGGUGACCGUCUGUUUCCCUCACUUCUCCAUUUGUGACUCGGGAUUUUUCUGUAAGGAACACCAGUCCCAGAUUGACUCAUUUGUUCAGAUCAGUGUGGAUGGUUGGCUCGUGUCCUUCUGACCUGCUCCCAUUCUUCCAUUUCUCUUUUAGAACUUCCUUUCUUUCUGGCAGCUCUCGGUGCUCCAGGUGCUUUCAUUUUCCCCACUCCAGUUCUGGAAUCCAACAGUUCUGCAGGGAGCACAGACGGCCUUUUAGGUGGCUGGAGCUAGGGAAUUCAGUGUCUACACCGCGUGUGUGCACACACAUGGUGUCUAGACGUGAAGGUGAACGUGAGUUUCUUAGAAGCCUCAGGCACCAGUCGGCUCCGCAAAGUUAAUCCUGACACUUCUUAUUUUUAACUGCUUUUU